AAGACGCUCGAUCCAACAGGACGUGCUUUCCGAUUAGUCAUCGGGUUUUUCUCGUUUUCCGAGUUUUCCGCGCGUUGCCGUUCGCAGUUUUUCAGUUGUGUAGAAAAGUUUUCCGUUAGAGUUUGUUUUUUGGUUAAGUGAUGCGUUUUUGACGAAGAUGUUUGAAAAUAAAGUAUAUGUCGUUGGUCAAAUGGGAAGUCAGCAGUACGAAAUUCCAAAAAGUGUUGAUAUUGGCGUUCCAAUUAUGAACUUUGGCAAUAUGUCUUUACUAACGCCAACAACCCCCGGAACUUUCAAAGACCCAGUUUAUUUCGGUGAAAGUUGUCCUAACUCAAAAGUGUUCUACGGUGAAAAAAUGAAGUGUUCGUUCUCGCCAGCAUCGUCGAGCCACUCGUCAUACGGAGAUAACAACGCUGAUGUAAACAACGAGUCUCCAAUGGUAGACUCGUCCGAAUCGUCAAUCGAUAAUUAUAAUCAUCAGUCAUGUAUGAUGCAACAGAAGAAUGAAGAUUUAUAUUUCAAGUUUGAUCCUGAGUACAUCGAAAAAAUGCAGUCUUCCGUUUGUUUGUCACCUGCCACAACUAUUGGUACCCCAUUAACUUCGAAUAGUAUCGUCAAUUCAGAGUACUACAACUUCAAUGAUGUAAACUGUCAAUCUAAGAAUCAGAGUCCGUGCUCGUCUCCACCCCUUGAUCCUUGGAUUACAACAUCGCUUUCGAUGAACUUUUCUAACCCACCGAAUAUGAAACGAUCCAACUCACCGAAGCACAGUAACGUUGAACUACAACCAGCUUUGCAACAGUUGCCUUCCAUCAAAUCAGCUUUUGGAAAUGUCAUACAGUUCGACGACGGUUCUAAGAAUUUUGGACUACAAUCAUCUCAUGCCAACUACAUGAUUGAUUACUUCGACACCAGCUUUUUAGAUCAGUUCAGUCAAAAUGUAGAGAUCAGCGGAGAUACUGCACAGCCGAAUAACAUCAAAGAUGCCUAUAAACACCCUGAAGAAAACUACAACACCACGCAAUCGACGGAAAAACCCAACCGGGAAUUCAAGGACAUUUGGCAUCAGCAGCAGCCAAACGAAAACGUCGGAACGGUUUCCAUCAAGCAGGAAGCUCAUGAGGACGAUGAUGAGCUGGAAGACGAUUCCGACCGGGUGUUGGAGUGCCUCUGGACGGAUUGCAAUCAGAAAUUUCCCGACCAGGGAACGCUGGUAGCCCACAUCGAGAAGACGCACGUCGAAGUUAAGAAGGGGGAGGAGUUUGCUUGCUUCUGGCUGGACUGUCCGAGGCGGUACAGACCGUUCAAUGCGCGGUACAAGCUGUUGAUUCAUAUGAGGGUGCAUUCCGGCGAGAAGCCGAAUAAAUGUCCGUUUUCCGGAUGUGAGAAAGCAUUCUCAAGGCUUGAGAAUCUGAAAAUCCACCAACGAUCGCACACCGGUGAGCGACCCUACAACUGUCAAUAUUUUGGCUGCACCAAAGCCUUCAGUAACAGUUCGGAUCGAGCGAAACAUCAACGAACCCACUACGACACGAAACCCUACGCCUGCCAGCUUCCGGGAUGUUCCAAACGAUACACCGAUCCAUCCAGCCUUCGGAAGCAUGUGAAAAAUCAUGCCUGCCGAACGGAAGGACAUGGCCGUCGCAAAUCGCACAAGGAGUCAACCGUUUCCCAUGGAUCCGCAGUGUCCGGCUCCACCAUCGAUUCGUUGCGACGGCACUCUGAGUCGUCGAUUAACGCCCACAGCGAGAUCCCGGUGACUCCCUCGCAAGUAGACACGAGCGGCGAUAAUGCGUUCGAAUUUGAUGAAGUUUUUGCAGAUGCCGCGACCCAAUUGGUUUCUGACAACGCGGAGUACAAUAGCACCUCGUGUCCCACGACACACGCAUUGAACUUCAAUGAUAUGUCCAGCUGCUUCAUACGAAUGAUGCAACCGGAGAACGUACCCAGAUCCGAAGGUAAAUCCUGUCAGGAUGAAUUCAUUUCAUACGAAUGUGUGAAAAACUUCUUAAGUGACGAAAGUUAUUUGAAUGAAUACCCUAUGGAUGAUAGUGCUAUCAAUAUAGACAUCGAUCAAACCCAAAAAGUGAUUCCACCAUUUGAGUACGAUUUUUUCAAUAGCGUUGUUUGAAACUUCAACCUUGUUGCUUUAGGUUUGCAUGCAGACUACUGUUUUUUUCUCCCGUUAGAUUUGAGAUUAGUCUAUUUCUGUAAAAUAUACUCAAUACCAAAGAGCACUCCGUACUUAGCCAAUAUAGCUUUAAAUCUUGGUUCUUCCACAGCUGAAAGUUAUUUGAGAUGUAAUGCUUUAUUUAGAUUAUAAGAUCUCGAUACCUGUACGACCCAACCAAUCCAAAGGACAUUGCCAAAAUUUGACUUGUAUGUAGAAGCAUGUUUGAUAGAUAAGGAUAUUGAUGUAUACAAUAUAGUAAUGGUCUUCCGUUACGAUAUGAUUAGAACAUUUAUUUUCGAGUUCGGAAAGCAAAACAAUUAUCAGAGAUAUAUGUAAUUGUUAAGUUAGUUCAAAAGCAUUUGUGAUCAUAUGUUUUAACGUUGGUUUCGAAGCUUUAUUUCGCUUCUUUAAAAGCAACCUCCGCUGAAAUUUCAACGAACUAAAUUUUAUGGUUUUUAUAUGUAUAUUAUUUUGACGAAUCCAUAUACCCAGUUAUACCAGUAAAAUCUAAGAUCUCUUUAGCAUAAGCUGCCAAGUAAAUAAAAACAAGCAUCAUUAAUAAGAA